ACUGUCAUUUUAUAGAAAAACCCGAGAAAGAAAUUAGUGUGUUUUGUGAUGUGUGUAUUUGUUUUUUUAAUACUUUUUCUCUUUGAUGAAGAAACAUAAAGUGAAUUGUAAUGGACUUCCCUGUAACUCCGUCUAAUGCUUCAGAUAGCAAUGAAUAUCCUGGAUCUGCAGCAUCCUACGAUCAUGCAUCCGAUAGCAAUAAGCGACGCAGCUCAUCCAGGUCAAUAAAACGCAGGCGAUUUGACGAUGAAUUAGUCGAGUAUAGCCUAGGUUUACCAGGCGCUUCCCUUGGCAAGGGAGACAAAAGAAUGAGAACUCAAUCAUAUACGAGUCAGCUCCCAGAAUUCCCAAUUGUGUCAAACGCCCCUACAACGCCGUCAGCCCCGCCGCCAGCGGAGCGCCGGAAGGCGUCCGGUAAGAUUUCUACCGGCGGCAGUUUGGGCAGGAAAUCUCGGCGAAAGGGGCAACUUAGUCACCUGUCUACUAAGGAUUUGGGGCGUUGGAAACCUACAGAUGAUUUAGCGCUAAUAUUGGGUGUGCAGCAGACAAAUGACUUAAGAACAGUCCACCGUGGGAUAAAAUUCUCAUGCCGCUUCACAAUUGGGGAACUGCAGUCCCGUUGGUAUGCACUGCUGUACAAUGCUGAGAUAUCUCGGGUAGCUGUGGCAGCCAUGCGUAACCUUCAUCCAGAUCUGGUGGCUGCUGUCCAGCAACAGGCACUGUAUUCUAAUGCAGAAGAGGAGCUCCUUGGGACAUUGCCAAGUACAUCGCAUCCAGAACUGGAGAAAUUUCAGGAGCUGUUGGAACAGAAUCCCAGCGUUUUCUACCAGAGUCGGACAGCUAAGUCCUUGAUGACACACUGGCAGUUACUCAAACAAUACCAGCUGCUGCCGGACCAAACUGUUCAGCCAUUGCCAAAAAAUCCUGGUGACAAAGUGUUAUCGUUUUCUGAUGCUGAAGAGACAAUGAAUGACUCUGAGCUUCCAGACUAUAAAGAAGAUGGUAUUGAUGCUGAAAUGCAAAUGGCUGACAGGAUAGAGAAGAAGGAGAUCAGACUGCUGGAGAACUCUCUCUCCCGCUGGCAAGUGGUGGUGCAGUCGGUGUGCGGCGGCGGCGUGGAGCUGGACAAGAACACGCUGGCGGUGCUGCGCGGCCGUCUCGUGCGCUAUCUCAUGCGCUCCAGAGAGAUUGCCGUCGGGCGCAGCACGAGAGAUCACACAAUCGACGUGAAUCUAAGUCUGGAAGGCCCUGCGGCUAAGGUUUCCAGAAAACAGGCCACGAUACGACUUCGCAACAGUGGAGACUUUUUCAUGUCGUCGGAGGGCAAAAGGCCCAUAUUUGUUGACGGUCGCCCAAUUCUUCAGGGGAACAAAGUGAAAUUGAACCACAACAGUGUAAUUGAGAUCGCAGGACUUCGCUUCGUAUUCCUCAUAAACCAAGACCUUAUCAGCGCUAUUCGUCAAGAAGCUGUGAAAGUGAACAUACCUGUUUAGUUAUUGGAGCUCUAAUAAAAUUAUUAAUUAAAUAAA